CAACACCUCGUUCUCCUCCUCGCUUCCUUCCACCCUAUCCCUCUCUCUCCUACUCGUCAUCAACAUACAUGGUGGGCAGCGGCGGCGGCGGUGGCGGCGACUCGCACACCUCCUUCCAACAAUAUGACGACGGCAUCCACCGCCUUGUGGGCACGCCGCACAUCCGUGGCCCCUCGCAUCUCCAACUUCCCCUCCUCGCCCUGGGCUUCUUCGGCUUCCAAAUGGUCUGGUCAAUAGAAAUGGCCUAUGGUACUCCCUUUCUCCUCGAGCUUGGUCUGAGCAAAUCUACAAUGGCCAUCGUAUUCAUAGCGGGACCCAUCAGCGGGCUAGUUGUCCAACCCCUCAUCGGUACAUUGGCAGAUUCCUCUACUCACCCUUGGGGAAGACGUAGGCCUUACCUCGUUGCUGCUACGUUGGUCACUGCAGCUUUUGUGCUCUUGUUCGGAUUCGCGAGGCUACUCCCUGCGUUGCUAGGGAUGGAGGUAGAUCAGGCUGGGUGGGCUACUCCUACUCUGGCCGUCGUGGGGAUCUGGGGGAUGGACUUUGCUGUAAACGCAAUGAUGGCUCUGGAUCGAUCCCUUUUGCUUGAUAUGCUGCCAAGGGAGAGACAGGCCGAUGGAACUGCUUGGUCUGCCAGACUGGCAACUUUGGGGGCCAUUCUAGGCUUCUUCGUGGGUGAUAUAGACCUCCCCGCCACUUUUCCCUUCACCAUCCUCCCCUCCUUCCUCCUCGCCGGGACCCGAACCCCAAGCGAGGGGCAGGUGCGCUGUCUCUCCCUCAUCACGGCCUUUUCCGUUCUCACCACCCACGCAGUCGUGGCAUGGUGCGCCGUAGAGCAGCGCCUCGUCGAGGUGUGCCCCUCAGAUGAAGCGGGCGCAGCUGCUGCGCGAAGAAGAAGAAGACAUCGACGGCACCCUCGAGGAGGUGGUUCGAUACUGCUGGACCCGAUCAGGUCCGCCAGCGAGUCCCUGAGGGAGAUCGUGGCUGUCGCCCGCAGCCUACCACCGCGCAUCACGAGCAUCUUUGCCGUGCAGCUGUGCAGCUUCGUCAGUUGGUUCCCGAUGCUCUUUUACGCCACAGAAUGGAUCGCUACGGCCGUCCUUGCGCCCACCGCUACUACGGACAAGGAUAGAGCGAGAGGCACUCGUGCCGGGUCCCACGCCAUGUUCCUUCAAGCGCUCGUCAGCUUUGCGUGUUCGGCUGGCCUACCUUUCUUGCUCCCUGACCCGGAUAACAAGGGCGAAAUCGAUUCGGCGAGUAGUAGCACAAAGACUCAUUCCGCAUGGCUACCAUCCUGGCUCUCCAGACUAGCGGCGCGUCGCCCGCGCACCUCCCUCCUCAAGCUCUGGCGCUACGCCCACCUACUCCUCUUCGCCCUCGUCACCCUAGGCAGCGGACCCGCUCAGGCGACGCACAGCCUGCGCGGCGCAAAGGCUAUUGUGGCCGCCUCUGGCUUCUCGUGGGCUGUGACUAAUUGGGCGCCUUAUGCUUUGAUUGGGAUAUUCCUUCAAGAGGGGGAGGGUAAAGGAGGUGGGGAAGGGGGGCAGGGGGAGGGCAUGGCUCUUGGAGCUGGGAGGGCGAGGAGGGGCCAAUACCAGUCUGUUCCCUCGAGCGAAGAGUUGGGCGAGGCGGAGGGAGAGGGAAAUGAGACGGUCAUUGACCACGAUCGAGAGGGACGUGGAGCGAGAGAGAGCGAGGGGCAGGCGGCGAUCCUCGAGCAGUGCGGUAGAGUAGGGUUAGAAGAUGCGAAGCAAGACGUCACGACAGCGAAUAGAUCAGAUCAGAUACCAUAUCACACGAGCCAAGCGGCCUGUUCGUAGAGCGAGCAAGAGGACUUUUUCGUGGAGUAUUAAGCAUAAUAAUGAUAACAGUGGCGCGUGCACGAAAGGGCCCACCAGUCGUGAGCCCUG